CUUGACAGACUUGACAUUUCCGAUAAAAAUGACAUUUUCACGAAUGGAGGAAAUGGUCGGUUUGCUCAACUCUGUUGUUUUCUUUUAGAUUUUGACUAAAAAAUUAAUAGGUGUGACUCAAACAUGACUGACAAAGAAAUUUCAGUGGAGGAACUCGAGGAAACGGUGAAGCGUACAGACGAACAGCUGGACAUGAUGGAGUGGAAGAUGGACAACGUGGAGAAGGAGCUGGUGGCGCCCAUCAACACGCAGGACAUGUGUAUCAUGCACCUGCUCAAGUCCGUCUCCGAGGUGCGGUCGGACUACCAGCAGCUGAGGCGCGAGCUGGUGGAGGUACAGGCUCUGCAGCGAGAGCUCUCCUCGAGGCUGCGCACACAGCUGCGGCUCGUCCACGGCAAGUUCGCGCGACUCCGGCAGCGCCUCGCCGCCGCCUCCCCACCGCGCUGAACACGCUCCCACAAUCACCCCUCUCAUGUCUUACAAAUCUUUAGUGACGGACACCUGGGUCGGACUUAGAAAUUUCUGUGAACCCUUCUUUUCAUUGUAAACGAGGAAAAAUGGAAAUUAUGCACCCAAAACGGGUGAUGCGAGUAACGAAAUUCGAAAAAAAAUCUUGAAUUUGUUUCGAAGUUCUGAUUAGAUGAAGUAUGGUUAUGGUUAUGAAAAUUUGUAAAAAUAUUACAUGCCCUGUGCAGUGAGAUGUUUUCUAUGUUAUUAUUAAAUUGUAAUAUGUAAUUGCUUUUCGAUGUUGAGUUUUGUGUUUGUAUAUUGUAUUUUUACGGAGUUGUGUGGACUGUUUUGAUAUAUAUUUUUAUAGGUAGUUGUCUGGGCCUAAUUAAUGUUUGUUUUGAUUCGAUGUGCAAUAUUUUUGUAUUCUAAAAUUGUUACAAAUGUCUAAAACGUUAAAAAAUAUAUUCUAAAUUAUGAAGUAACUCCAAAAUCCUGUUGAGAUGUUCGUGAAGACAUGAGAGGCCUUGCCUCCUGAAGCUAUCUACUUAAAGUGAUUAGUAUCAUUAGUGCCCUAUAGUAUAGUUUGAGGUAAUCGUAACUAUGUGCCAACGUACCCUAGAUGUACCUAACGAUAAGCACGACGGCACUUACUGUCUUGAUCUCACACCGACGCUUUGGCGAUGUCGAAAGAAGAACAUUUUUUUUCAACAAAUAGGCAUGUUUAGAUAUUAUAUACUUUUUUUGCAGAAAAUUAAUAAGUAACCAAACCUUGACUUUCUGUUUGGUUAAAUCUCUCAUUGAAAACAAUAGUUUUAUGCAUAUUUAUGAGUAAAUUUGCGUUCGAAAGUGGCCUACGGGUCAUAAUUUCUGUCCUACUAAUUUUUACAAGUUACUUCCGAGAGACAGACAUCGCCGCGCGUCAUACUAGUCCAUAACCGUUUAGUUACUGUUAGAGUCAAUAGUUUGUGUGUUUGUUCGUAGUAAGUCGGUGCUAAGAGUCGAAAUGUACGUGUUGUGGAGAUAAAACAGUUAAAACCAGCUAGAAAUCAGUAACCCAAAAAAGGGGAUAUGGAAAACUACUAUUAAGAAAAAAGUUGUGGUAACGAAGAAAUUAUAAGAUUAUCAAUUUUGGUGUAAGUGAUAUUUAAAUCUCGAAAAUGUCUAAAUUAAUUUUGGUAGAUAGGUUAUGUCCUGGUUUUUCUAAAAAGAGGUUUUACUAUCGAGUCAGUUUGUACGAAGGUUUUAGGUAAAUAUGUCGGGUAUGAGAGAAAUGUUAAGAAUGGUUGAUCCAAACACUCGUGGAUAGCAAUAUUUGACCUUAGAAUCAAAUUACGAGGUCAAUUUCAAAGCGCAGAUGGAACGAAUUUAAACACGAGUGCUAAACGAAUAAUGAUAAUAAUGUAGUUGAAUUUUAGUACAUUUUUGUUAACUUUUUUUUCUUAGUUUUUUUCUUAGGCUUCGCAUCGAUUUUCAAUCACAGGGGGGAGACGACAUAUUAAAUAAAAUACAUACGUUUAGCAUUAAAUUACAGCACUAUUUCCAUAGUCACAAAAAGUUUAAUAAAUUAUAGGAAUAUCCAUGUUGGCCGCAUCUCCCCUUUAAGGUACUAUUUAGACUAUUAAGACUUAAAUGGUCUACCAAUGUUCGUCUCCUGCCUUAAUAUGCAUGUUAUUUAGCUAAAUCAUUCGAUUAUCGAAUAGAAAUUAUCGAUUACGCUUGUAUACCUACUAUACUUCGAUUUUCAAAUGUGUUUUAAAGUCUGUGCACACCAAAUAUAAUUAAAGUAUAAGAAAUUUAAAGUAACAUUUUUGGAUAUUUGGUGUGUAACAGCCUUCAUUAUUUAUCCAUUUGAUAAAAAUAUUGUUUUGCUUAUCCACCUUUUUCUAAAAUAUGCUAUUUCUUUUUUUUUAUUUAUUGUGUAGGCCCCAGCGUUUAUUGCAAGGAAACCACGAAAAGUUUCACUUUAACUAAAUGUCUCUUUUAUAUCAUUAAUUUAUUGUAUUGUGUCUACGUUUUUAAAAAUAAUUAUAUAUAUCAAUAUUAGCCUAUUUAAUACGAUGGGGCCUACACGAUUUCAGCAAUUUAUUUUUUCUAUCCACCAGUUUAUAGAAUAGUUUUUUUAAGGUUCAUUCCCAAGAGGACCUCUUUUAAUUUUCAUAAAUAAGACUGUCAACGUCUUCGGGCGUAAUAUCUCAGUUAGUAGCGUAAGUACCGUCAGCAAUAUAAUUCACAAUUUUAGCAAAUUAUCGCACAUAUCAAGCACUCGCAUGUUUUUAUCGUAACACGUUUAAUUAUUGCUCUAGUUAGGACGGUGGGUACGAAAUUAUAAAGGUUUUGCGUUCAAAGAGCUCCUGUCAAUAGAAUAGGGAUGGGAACACUUUGAACGCGAAGUAUCGAUAUUUUUGUCCGUUUGCCAGAUGAGGGCUUUUAAUAUUACGAAAAAGUAUUAUUUUUUUAGUUCAAAAAUCUUUAUUUAGACCUUAAAAUAAUUGCUUAAAUUUUUAAGUAAAUCAUGCUCAAAUGUUAGUAUAAAAAUUAAAUUCGAAGCUCUCAUCUAGCGAACGCACAGCUCACCUAAAAUUAGUCAAAAUACUAGUUUGUAGUUUAAGAAAAAUACAUGUCUGAUACUAUGUCUAAGUAAUGUCUAAAUUACCAAGUAUACCUGAUUUAUCUAGACUAGAUUAGUUAUAGACUCAAUAUGGUUUUUGAUAUAGUUUUACAAUAAAGGGAAGAGGGAUCGGACGUAAACAGUAAAUUGAGGAUAGAGAUGGGAUAGUCGGUAUCGAUAGAUUUACCUAUCACUUCUUUUUUUAUAAAAUCUAUACAUAAAUAAAGCACUAUAUAAAUUCGUCAAGUAUAUUCAAAUAAUACUUAUUCUAAUAUAUAUAAGUAUUUAUGAUUCUAACCUAUCAUCGACGAUUUGAAGACAAUGCGUUGGUUUAAAGUCAUGUUUGAGUUAAUCUAUCGAUAUCGACAAUGACCCCACACAAUAGCCAGUGGUUAAUUAUCUUGGAAUCAAAAAUACGCAGUAAUUGACUAGCGGGUCGCAGUUGUGUUAGUUUAGCUGUUGAUUAGAACUCACUAGUGUCAGUGUUGUUAACGACUUCUAAAGUCUUUAGGCUCUUUAGUGCAUGACUCUUUUGUUUUGAAGGGUUUUAUUUUGACUGCAAGACUGUACAAAGCAGGACCCUUUAAUUAUAUUAAACAUCUGGUUUAGUUAUGUCUACAUUGCAUCAAUUGGAGUGUAUUUUCUGUUCUACGUUCAGUUUCUGCAACUCAAACCACAUUUAACAAACUCUGUAUUGGCUACUUACACAGUUACAGCUUGACUUAAGCAAAUAGUAGAAGUUCUGCAAUGUACUUAUUUAACAAGUCAAAUACAUUGCUCCUUCUUGGCAGUCAGGAUAGUCCUGUAGCAGUAUAUUGAAGUUUAAACCCAGAAUAUUACAAGAGCUAACGAAUCACCUGGUUUCUUCACAAACCAAAUUAGGUCCAGAUUCAUCGACAGUAAAAACGUCCGUUUUUCUCAGUUGUCUGGUUUUUUCAGUCGUUUGAAAUUGAACGCGAAAAAUCCGACUUUUGUAUUGUCGAUGAACUUGGCCUUGCUUUUACAGUUCAUAAUAAAGCCUAUUAAUUCUUAAUAUAGAAUUAAAACAUUUCAAUGAUUACAUAGAGUAGUUAGAAGCAGACUUAUUUUUCUAUGCAUCGUACUUCACCGCUAGAGGUAACGUCCGCACUAAGCACCAAUGUAUUCCUAUGAACAGUCGCGUUGUGAUUAUCUAUAUGGCUGUAUAAGUUAUAUUUCUUGGACCUAGAGAAUUUUCCAAUGCUUUCCUGCCGAGGUAAAAAGUGGGGGGAAACAUGCGAAUAUGACCAGAAGAGGUCUUUUGUUGAGAUUCGAAUAUACAAUCGGAUAAUAAGGAUAGUUGGUAAAUUCUCUAGGUCUAUGUUAUUUUCUGGUUGUAUUUAUGACGCAUGCGCACAGCGCCCGCGACAUCCAUCAUUUGUCCUAAUGUAUUAUAGCUAAAUAAGCAAUUUCAAUAAUAAUUUCAUGAAUUUGAAUUUUAUUUGGCAUUCGGCAUCCUGAAAAAUCGUCGUGAAUAUUAAACCUUAAAGUUAUAAAAUAUACCUUAUUUUGACCCAAUUUGGAUGUCGCUGGUGUGUUUAGCACAGAAUCAAGAAAUACGCUUACUCAAUUAUUCGCUUGUAAUGAAAUAUUAAGUAUUUUUUCGAUUAUAAAGUAAAAAUGAAAAUAUUCAAUUAAUCGCUCAUUAUUAGCGUACCACUGUUAAAAAUCUAAAAUCUUGUAAAAUCCCAUUUUGUAUUUAUAUCGAUCCCUGAGACUUCGAAGUUAUCUUUCUCUCGAUCUAUCGGACCCCUGGGUACUGUCUCGAUGUCCAAUGUAUGACAAUAUUAUUGUGCACACUAUUCCUAUCUAAUGUAGUUUACUUUUUUAUAUUUCGCCCUAGAUUUUUGAAAUCAUGAAGGAAAGUAUUGGAAUUUAUCCUAGGAAAUUAAUAAAAUAUCGGUAUCACAAUGCAAACAGUGCAUAAUUGAGGCUUUCCAAAAUAAACCUUUGUGAUUUAAAAAAACUAAGCGAAUGACUAUAGACUUAUGUCGAUAUCGAUAAAUUAUUAUCGAUAACUUGUGUUGUAUUCUGUAGACACUAAAUUAGUACUGAUAUCGUUUGAGAACGCAAUAUAUUUUCUAUGUUCCUUAGGUAUGUUCUAACCGUUAUAUUUGAAUACCCAAUUUCGAAUUUGUUUACAAAUAAAGAAUAUUUUACGGUU